UAUGUUUACAUUGGUCAGUUCGUUCUUCGUUAUCUUCGCAACUUCUGUCUUUCCACUGUCACUCUUUUGCUUCUGCGAUGACCACCCUUUACAUGCCAUUAUUCAGAUCAUGCACCAAUCUCAGAUCACUAGCACAACUCCACGGCCACCUUUUCGUUACUGGGCUUCUCCAUGAUCCACUCCCUUCCACCAAGCUCAUUGAAUCCUAUGCCCAAAUGGGUUCCUUUCAAUCUUCCAAACUUGUUUUCAAAUCCUUCCCCAACCCAGAUUCUUUCAUGUGGGGUGUUCUAAUAAAAUGCUCUGUUUGGAGUAACUUAUUUCAAGAAGCCAUUUUUCUCUACCUCACUAUGAUAAAGAAUGGCCGAGUCCAUAUCAGUAACUUCAUAUUUCCUUCGGUUCUCAGGGCUUGUUCUGGUUUUGGUGAUCUGGUUAUUGGUGAAAUGGUCCAUGGGACCAUUAUGAAAAAUGGAUUUGGAAAAGAUUCUGUUAUUCAAUCUUCACUUCUCUCGUUGUACAGCGAAAUGGGAUGCUUAAGUAAUGCUAAGAAAAUGUUUGAUGAAAUGACUGUGAGAGACUUGGUUUCCUGGAGUUCGAUUAUUUUGAGUUACGUGGAGAAUGAGAAGGUUAAUGAAGGAUUGGAGAUGCUUCGUUUAAUGGUUUUGGAAGGUAUUAGACCGGACUCUGUAACAAUGCUUAGUGUAGCAGAGGCUUGUGGUGACUUGGGGUUCUUAAAAUUAGCAAGGUCUAUCCAUGGUUAUAUAGUGAGGAGGAAGAUUGAAAGUGAUGGAUCAUUGGCCAGUUCUCUUGUUGCAAUGUAUAGCAAAUGUGGUGACUUGGGUAGUGCAGAGAGAAUCUUUGUAAAUGUAACGAAACGUAGUACUGCAUUGUGGACAUCGAUUAUUUGUAGCUACCAUAGGAAUGGUAGGUUUGUAGAAGCGUUACAAUCCUUUGUUUCUAUGUUAGACUCUCAUGUCGAACCCAAUUCAGUGACCAUGAUGAGUGUUUUAGGUUCUUUUGCAGGAUUAGGCUGGCUUAGAGAAGGGAAGUUGGUUCAUUGUUACAUAAUUAGGAGAGAAAUGGAUAUUGACUAUGAUGUUUUAGGGCCAGUUUUCAUAGAACUGUAUAUGAAAUGUGGAAAGUUAAAUUAUUGUGAAAAUAUUCUUCGCAUCGUCGAAGGAAGAAAUAUUGUGGCAUGGAAUAUGAUCAUAUCAAUUUGUAUUGAGAAAGGGUUGAUAACAGAGGCAUUGACACACUUUGUGCAAAUGCUGACUAGGGGAUUAAUGCCUGACUCAUUUAGCCUUGCAAGUUCUCUCUCAGCUUGUGCUGAUGGAGGUUUAUUGCUAGUUGGAGAUCAGAUACAUGGUCAUAUCAUCAAAAGAGGCCUUUCGCAUGAGUUUGUCCAGAAUGCACUAAUUGAUAUGUACUCGAAAUGUGGUUUAACAGAAUUAGCAUACAUGAUAUUUGAUGAGAUCAAAGAGAAGAGUCUUGUAAUGUGGAAUUCUAUGAUUUGUGGAUUCCAUCAAAAUGGAAAUUCUGUGGAGGCAAUUAGCCUCUUUGAUCAAAUGUACUUGAACGGUCUUGAGAUGAACGAUGUGACCUUCUUAAGUGUGCUUCAAGCAUGCUCCAAUAUGGGUUACCUGGAGAAGGGAAAAUGGCUUCACCACAAGCUCCUCACCUACGGUGUAAGGACGGAUCUCUAUAUCGGUACAGCUUUAACUGAUAUGUAUGCCAAGUGCGGAGACCUUCUAACAGCCCAAAGGGUUUUCAAUAGCAUGCCAGAAAAAAGUGUGGUGUCAUGGACGGUCAUGAUUGCUGGAUAUGGAGCACACGGUAGGGUGACUGACGCCAUCUCGCUGUUCAAUCAGAUGGUGGAUUCAGGUGUAAGACCUAAUCAAGUUACCUUCAUGAACAUUCUUUCGGCUUGCAGUCAUGCAGGAUCCAUGGAAGAUGGAAAAUCAUAUUUUAAAUCGAUGAGGGAUUUUGGUGUUGAGCCUAACUCAGAACAUUAUGCGUGUAUGGUUGAUCUUCUAAGUCGUGGUGGUUCCGUCAAUGAAGCUUACAAAAUCAUCAAAUCGAUGCCAUUUCCCGCAGAUGCAAGCAUCUGGAGUGCGCUACUCAAUGGUUGUCGAAUCCACCACAGGAUGGACAUGAUUGAAACCAUCAAAGAAGACCUUCUAAACAUUCAUACAGAUGACACUGGAUACUACACCUUGUUAUCGAAUAUCUAUGCCGAGGAAGGGAACUGGAAGGAAUUUGAGAAGGUGCGAUCUGUAAUGAAAGGCAUAGGUCUUAGGAAGGUUCCUGGUUAUAGCUUAAUUGAGCUUGAUAAGAGAAUUUAUAGAUUUGGAGUUGGAUUUACUUCUGUUUUUCAAACUGAAGAACCUAUUACUUUCUUGGAAAAUUUCCAAAAUUUGUCUCAAGAACAUGUUUAUUAUUUAGAAAACCAAUAAUUUGAUGAUUGACAGCUCCAUAACUUCCAAGGAUGUUAUUCACAGCAUCAAGUUACCAAUUUUAUGUGGAAUGAUCAGGUAACAACGGAGUUAUCUAAUAGAUCCUGGCAUUGU